GUCAUCUGUCAUUAUUCGUGAAUAAGCUGUUUUCAUCGUUUUCAGACACCAAGCGUUGGACACAUUCCUGUUUAAUUCGACGAUUUUCACAGAUUUUUAACCUGCUUUCAACGUAAAAAGUGCACCACCAUGGCAUCGGAACGUUACAGCUUUUCGCUGACUACAUUCAGUCCCUCCGGCAAGUUGGUGCAGAUCGAAUACGCUUUGGCCGCGGUGUCGGCUGGAGCCCCAUCGGUGGGCAUCAAGGCUUCCAAUGGGGUGGUCAUUGCCACCGAAAAUAAGCAAAAGUCGAUUCUGUACGACGAACAUAGCGUCCACAAGGUAGAGAUGGUCACCAAUCACAUCGGAAUGAUCUACUCCGGAAUGGGACCGGACUACCGGCUGCUGGUCAAGCAGGCUCGUAAAAUCGCGCAGAACUACUAUCUCACGUACCGGGAACCGAUUCCAACGUCGCAGCUGGUACAGAAGAUUGCCAAUGUGAUGCAGGAGUACACUCAAUCCGGUGGUGUCCGUCCGUUCGGAGUUUCGCUGCUGAUCUGUGGAUGGGACGAGGGACGCCCUUAUCUGUUCCAAUGUGACCCGUCCGGAGCCUACUUUGCCUGGAAGGCCACUGCCAUGGGCAAAAAUGCCAUCAACGGGAAGACGUUCCUGGAGAAACGCUACAGCGAAGAUCUGGAACUGGACGAUGCGGUCCACACGGCGAUCCUCACGCUGAAGGAAGGUUUCGAGGGUCAGAUGAAUGCCGACAAUAUUGAGGUGGGAAUUUGCGAUGCCAACGGCUUCCGCCGGUUGGACCCGUCCGACGUUAAGGACUAUCUGGCUAACAUCUAGGCUUUAAGUUGUUUAGGGCGCGUAAUGGAGAACUGAUUAUUCUGAUGCUUUUUUGGUACGUCAAUAAAUCCUUGAGGAUAAUUUA